AUGGAGGUGGGACUUGGGAACCAGGCCAUUCUGGCGAAGAUUGACAAGCUGCGUGAGCUGAAUGUCGGCUCCAUGAUUCCGCUGCCGCAGCUCGUCGUCGUGGGCGACCAGUCUUCUGGCAAAAGCUCCGUGCUCGAGAACCUGACAGGCUUCUCGUUUCCGCGCGCCGCAGGGCUCUGCACGCGGUACGCGACGCAGAUUACCUGUUGUCGAGAUCCGCUCAGGAGCGUUUCAAUUUCCAUCAUCCCGCGGCCUGAUGCGAGCGAGGAACUUAAGGCAGAGCUUCUUGGGUUCCAGCGAGCACUGGGAGACCUGGAAAAUGAUGAGCUUGCCGGCAUCUUUGAGGAGGCCAAUACUGCCAUGGACAUUCGGAUGGGCGACGAUGAGGAUGAGUCGGGCUGUGGAGCGUUUAGCGAGGAUAUCCUCAAGAUCGAAAUCUAUGGGCCAGAUCAAAACCAUCUCACCGUCAUCGACGUGCCCGGCAUCUUUCGAGUGCCAACGCCAGGUCUCACGACUGAAACGGACAUUGUGCUCGUUGAAAACAUGGUCAAGCGAUACAUGAACGAUUCCAGGACCAUAAUCCUCGCCGUCAUACCAUGCAACGUGGAUAUUGCCACGCAAGAAAUCGUGCAGCUCGCCGAAAAGGCCGACCCGGACGGUGUGCGCACCAUGGGCGUCCUGACAAAGCCCGACCUGGCGACCGAGGCGGCCACACAAAAGGCCGUCGUUGACCUCGUCCUCGGCAAGCGCAGCAACCUCAAGCUCGGAUACUACGUCGUGAAGAAUCGUGGCGCCGACGACACCAGCGGCGACUGGACGCAGGCCAAGCGCGCCGCGGCAGAGAAGGCCUUCUUCGCCAACCAGCCGUGGGUGACGAUCCGCGAGCGGUGCGGUGUUGCUACACUCAAGGGCCGGCUGCGGAACCUGCUCAUGGCCAUCUCCAAGCAGGAGAUCCCGAACGUCAAGAAUGACAUUGACCAGCGGCUGCGGCGGAGCAGGGCGGACCUCGAGGCCAUGGGGCCCCCGCGGUCCGACGAGAGCUCGCAGAGGCAGUUCCUCGGCAGGCUUGCGAGCCAGUUCCAGACUGUGACCCAUGCAGCGCUCAACGGAUACUACGCCGGGGAGAAGCUGUUCAAGGACGAUCCGCAGCUGAAGCUCAUCACGCGAGUCAUCAACCUGCACAACAUCUUUUCCAAGGACUUUGGCCAGCGCGCCCACAUGCGGCAGUUUGACGGGGCCCUGGACGAGGAAGGGAAACUGACCAAAAAGGACACCACGAUCCCCUUUGCGAUCCCACUUGACCAAUACCGGGAGCUCGAUGACAUUGUUUUCAUCCAAGAUUCAGAAUGCGCUAUGCCAGAGGACAAGCCUAUCAUGGACCUCAUCAGAAAUGUUUAUGACUCCAGCCGCGGGCCGGACCUCGGAACGUUUGGGGGGACUGUUCUGUCAACCGUCUUUGAAGAGCAAUCAGCCAAGUGGGAGGCUCUGUCCUUGUCCCACGUGAGCAACCCAAUCGCAGUGGUGCACAACUAUGUCUUUCGACUCCUCCGCCACCUAUGCCCGGAGAAGCAUAUCCGAGACCAGAUAUGGGAUGGAUAUCUUGUGGAAGAGCUGAGUGAGCUGUACCGCAAGGCCAUGGAGCAUGCCCGGUUUCUCCUGAAGAUUGAGCGCGGACGCCCUACAACGUUCAACCACUAUUUCAACGACAUCGUCCAAAAGAAGCGCGCCGAGCGGGUGGCUCGCUCUCUGGAAAAUUUAUCUAUCCACUUGGAUGAGGGAAUGGAGGACGGAUUCUGUGGCCAGUGUAUUCCCCUCGAUCAAAUCGAGAAUGCCGCCACCAACAAGGACAACGAGCAGCAGCUGUGCGAGGACAUCCUCGAUACCUUUGUGAGCUACUACAAAGUGGCCCGCAAGCGCUUCGUCGACGUCAUCUACCAACAGGUGAUUUCGCACUUUCUGCUCAACGGCGACCAGAGCCCCGUCAAGGCGUUUGGGCCUGAGAUGAUCAUGAGGCUCGACGACGAGCAGCUGAACAUGAUUGCCGGCGAGGACGAGGAGUCGAGGCAUCAGCGGUCGACGCUGAACCGCGAGAUUGAGAGUCUCACCGCGGCGCUCAAGGUCCUACGGAGCCGAGGAGGUGCCUCGCAUGGCUCCGACUGA